AUGACAAGUAAGCAGGUAACCUCGGGGGCCUUGGACCUUAUACAAGAAAAGACACAAAUUCCGGCUCUUGCGUCCUUGGGAGGAGCUUAUAUUCACUGUAGCAUAGAGGCAGGUCCAAUAAUACAAAAGAUAGGUGAUGGAUAUUUUGUAAAAAGAGCACCAAAGCCUGCAAAAUCGUAUUUACUGGAGAAGAAGGAUGUGGAAUCUCCCAAGGUCCAAGAGCCUCUCGAUAAUACUCAGGAUAAGGAAGAAGUCCCCAAGGAGGAUGGGUUUAUAGAGAUUAUCGAACGUUACUACAGCGAUGAAGAGAAUUAA